AUGGCGGAGGCUGCGGCGGUUCCCCCGCAUAGGUUCUUCUGUCAUUGUUGUAAGGGAGAAGUAAGCCCCAAACUCCCGGUAAGUCAGUCGUUACACCGUGUCUCGAUCAUGACUUUUCAGUGCAGGUCUUGUUCUUUUCCAUCGGUUGACAACCGAACCUGAGUCCAGAAAAUAGCAGCAGUUGUUGAACUAGCUAGCUGCUAACUGUAGACGGCUAGCCAGUAGGGCCCACGGCACUUGUUCUAGUUAACAAACAAUGUUGAUGUUUGUUGUUGCUAGCUCGCUUUAACAAUGUUUAACAAAGACAUUGCGUAAUUGUUAAAUAUGCAGAUGGCUUGGUUGAAUAACCGUACCUGUAGUUUUGAUGUUAUUUGGUGUAAUGUUAACCUUAUUCGAGGUGGGUUUUCGUGAAAUCCUCGAGGUAACGUUAGCUAUGUAGCUAUCUGGAAAUCUGGUGGAUAUUUCAACGUAAUUCGACCAGUCUGGCUACUCCUUGGCCUACAAAAGCAGAAGGAAUACGGGGGUUUCCUUGGCCUGGGGCGCGUUCAACUGGACAUAGCGGUUGGAACGUUCAGAUAGACAUUUUUAUGUAGAACAAGAAAUCAUGUAGGCUCUAUUUACGGCAUUCUAUCUUCAACGUUCGUGAACGUUUGGCAACUGAAUGUGGCACAGUUCAGUUUCACAAUCAAGUAAAAUGUAGAAAGACAUUGCAAAAUAUUUGGACUGCUUGACCCUAAUUAUUUACCAAUAUUAAUCUGUAUUGACUGCGUUCAUUCUAGAAGAGAAGUUAUGACACUUUCUGUUUUGCAUUUAGCUAGCUAGUCGUGUAGCUAUGUUUGUUAUUGACUCGCAGUCGCUGUCUGUCAGUCAAUGUGUCAGUAAGUCACUCUGUCUGCUUGUCUAAACCAACGUUAGCUAGGAUACAUCUGUUUAGGUUACUGCUGGUCUGUGAGAGGCAGGCUGGUAAUCCCCUGUUUAUUCCCAUCCUGCCAUUGAAGCUAAAUCUGUGAGGAGGAUGAAGUAGGCCUAGACACUGACCUAAGGACAGUUUUGUGAUUUCCCUCUUAUUGGGGAAAUAGUACUGGGGGUGUGGGGGAUGCGCAGGGGGCCAGGACCGAGUUUGAGAAACCCUGAUCCUGAUCUAGCCUACCCACAGGCUAAAUCUGCCUGCUGGUCUCACUGUCUCAUACUCUGUCUCUUUGUGCUGCUGAGGCAUGUUUCAGCUAUGCCCACUCACUGACUGCAUAUACCCAGUUGAUCUGUCUCACACCUCCCCAAGAUAACCACCGAAAGAGAGAGGGAGAGUGGCUCAAACAUACAAGCAGACCCCCGUGCUUGUCUGUCUGAAGCCUUCUCCUUUCAGGCACAGUAUCUGUAUGUUUUCACCAGUCAGCAAGAUGACAAUGGCCGAGGCAUAGCCUUCACACAAUAUUGCAUAAUAGCAAUACAAGUUUUGCACAAUUUUGGAAUGAGGUUCACUUCCAGUUCAAGUGUCCUUUUUGUUUUGUUGAAUAAAGCACAUGUCUUUGUCGUAGGCCUAAUCCCAUUGUGAGUGAAACUCAACACUGGUGCCAGGGAAGAAUACUUAUUGAUGACAACUCCCACUUUACAUGUUGUAUGUUCCUGCUUAAAGCUAUGUUCAAAUACGCUAUAUCCUGACUCUGCCACAGAUCUCUACUAGACAUUUCCUCAUUCUACAGACAGAAACCCCUGCAUAGCCGCCUCAUCAGCCCUGAAUGGAACACUGUCUGACUCAUGUACUCUCUAACUGAGUGUGUGGUGUUGUGUGUUUUUGCAGGAGUACAUCUGUCCCAGGUGUGAGUCUGGCUUCAUAGAGGAGGUAACAGAAGACUCCAGGUGAGAAUCUCUUGUUUCUUAUGUCUGUAGUUUUAAUUAAUCUACCACAUAUAGGCUAGGCAGAGUGAAUAGAAGGUGGUGGAGAAUGAGUGUGUGUAGAUGUUACUAAUGCUGUGUUCUGCCUCCUGUGUGCUGUUUCCCUCAGUCUGCUAGAGGGUGGCGCUAAUGGGACAGAUGACACAGCCACACAGUUUGCAGAGGUAUGAGAUGCACUGUGCCCUAGGGGGUACAGGGGUGGGGGGGUGAGGUGGGAUGCAAAUGUCUUCUGUGAUCUCAUCCCAUCUUUCUUUUACAUCAUUUCUCUAUCUCUCUAUCUCCCUUCCACCGUCCUUCUCUCCAUUCCCCCUCCUCCCACCCUCCCUGUUCUCACCCUCACCCCUCAUCUCUCUCUCAGCAGCUGUGGCACCUGUUGUUUGUAGAGAGGCCUUUCACAGUGGAUGGUGGCAGUCCAGACUCAGAGUCCCGGGUCCCUGGUGGAGGGGUUGGGGUAGGAGCAGGGGGGUUAGGUCUGGGGGGGCUGGGAGGGCUGGGAGGGUUGGGAGGGCUGGGAGGCCUAGGAGGGGGUCCUAUCGGAGGGUCAGUCCCUGCUGGGCUAGGGGGACCCCUGGGGGGUCCUCUGGGAGGGGGGGAACACUGGGGGCCCGGUCGCCCCCCUCGCCUGCACAGUCAGAGGAGGUACCGCUCCAGAGGGAGCAGCAGACCUGACCGCUCGCCUGCCGUAGAGGGGUGAGACUCCUGUCCUUACCAUGCCAUGUUUAUAUUCUUAUUGGUGUUUUGAUCAGUCAAAAUUGGAUUUGCAGGUUCUAAAUGGGUAUUUUUAGUUUUCAAUUUUGUACUGAUCUCAUUCCUGACUGAUGUGUGUGCCUUCUCUCUCUGUAGGAUAGUACAACAGUUUCUGGCUGGUCUAUUUGCCAACUCUGGAGUUCCUGGCUCACCUCCCCUCUCAUGGUAAGAACCAUCUUCUUACUGCCAUGUAAGCAGUGGUUAUACAUUAUCUCUUGUGGAUUCCUUACAAAUAGUGAGGUGGAUCAACAUUAAUAUUUGAAUGUUCCCUGACUUGUUAUGGUUGUGCCUCAGCCAGCACCCCUGGGGACCCCGUUAUUUAAACCUAGCCUAAAUCAGAACAAAUAUUGUUGCUGUUCAUUAUGUGUGAAACAUAGGAUAGUUACUGAAUGUUUCAUCUUUACCUGUAAUUUACCUCCUGUGUGUGUGUUAGGACGGGGAUGCUACACUCUAACCCAGGUGACUAUGCUUGGGGACAGGGGGGACUGGACGCAGUCAUCACACAGGUACGCACACACAAACCCCUUUCACUUUAUUUAUGUAUGGCCACUAACCAACUAUGACUUCAUACUACGUAGUAUGCUAUAUGGAUGUUGGUAGACCCAUAAUCCUUAUCAAGCUAAUGAAAGUUUAGCAGUUCUCUUGUUACUUUCUUUAUCUCUUCCUCUUUUCCAGGAUGUUUCUGAUGCUUUUACUCUUUUAUUGUGUCAUGCUAGGCUAGCACAAAGUUCACCGUACAAAGGUGAAUUGUAAAGCUGUUCUCUUACAGUUCCUGCAGCAACCAUUUUGAUGUAUCUUCUCUGUCUACCUGUGUGUGUUCAUCUGUGUAGUUGUUAGGUCAGUUUGAGAACACGGGCCCUCCUCCUGCAGAGAAGGAGAAGAUCUCCUCCAUCCCUACAGUCAACGUGUCUCAGGAUCAAGCAGGUUAGUCCUUUGCCUCCUCUCCUGCUCCUCCAGUCUCUCCAUAGUGCCGUGGCCUAUAUAGAAGUCAGUGUAUAGCUGUGCUGCUGACAGCUGACUCAUUGGGGUAAAUGAGGACUCCUAUCUCUAGCUGCUGUCUCCUGUCCUCUCUCCUGUCCUCUCUGUCCUUGUCUUUCACUCUCACACAUACACACAUCCUUCCUCUCUCUCUCUCUCUCUCUCUCUCUCUCUCUCUCCGUCUGCCUCUCUCUCUCUCUGUCUGCCUCUCUCUCUGUCUGCCUCUCUCUCUCUCUCUCUGUCUGCCUCUGUCCCUCUCUCACACAUACACAUCCUUCCUCUCUCUCUCUGUCUGUCUGUCUCUGUCAGUCUCUGUCCCCCCCUCUGGCCCAGGGCCCACAUAGCUGUUGUCUCACUGUCUCUUGUCAUUAACAGAGAGCUACUUAUUACUCUUAAAUCAUCUCAACCAGCCACUCAGGAAUUUGGCAUCAGACAGAUGCUAUGCUUCAGUUAUUUUAAUGGCUGAUCAAAUGUAACCUCUGCUUCAUCAUCCCUUCAGUCUUCCCAUCUCUAUUCCUCUUUCUAGCUCUCUCUUACUCUUUCUCUCCCAUUAUCUGUAUACUGUAAUAUGGAGUAUUUGUCCUGCGUGUAAGAUACAGUAUGUAUGAUCAUUUAUAACAGGAAUGUAAUACUAGCUAAUAACAAAGGGGUGUAUCUGUCUCUCUCCAGACUGCAAUAUGGAGUGUCCGGUGUGUAAGGAGGACUUUGCAGUGGGAGAGCCCGUCAGACAACUACCUUGCAACCACUUCUUCCACUCAGACUGUAUAGUACCCUGGCUGGAAAUGGUGAGGAGGGAGGGAGGAAUGAACAAACAAAUGAAUGAAAGAGGUUGGUGGGGUAAUAUUUAGUAAGAGGAAUGAUUUGAAGAAGUUUAACUGAUUUUCUCCACCCCUCUCUCUCACUCUCUCUGCAGCAUGAUACGUGUCCUGUGUGUAGGAAGGGGUUGAAUGGAGAAGACCGCAACACCCAGAACCCCCCAGAAUCCCCCUCUCUAAACACGGACCCCCGCACACAGGAGAGAUGGUCCUUCUGAAAUACACCUCCCCUCUCCUGUCCUCUCAUCCCUCAUCGCACCCCUCCUCUGACCUUUUAAUCUCUCCAUCUCAUCCGUCCUUCAUCCCUUCUCUCUACGAACUGCUGCACACAGGAGAGAAGGACUUUCUGAAGGAUAUACCUCCAUCUCUCUGCCUCAUUCCUCUCAUCCCUUCAUCUCACUCCUCCUUUCUGAAUCAUCUCAUCUACAGUCAUAGGAUGGUCAUCAGUAUGGCUCUUCCUGUCUCAUUGCCUUUGGAACCAUGUUCACAUACACACACACACACAAGUCAUGAUUUGUUAGACACACAGUACACACACGUCAUGAUCCAUUAGCUGUCCUCUGCCUAAUCAUGACCAAGUACUUGCCUUUACCCUGCUUCAAACAUCAACCCCAUCUAGUUUUUUCUACUCUUUUCUCGCUAUUCCUCUUUUUCCAUCCUUCUGAAAAGCACUGCUGUAAUACACUGUUGUCUCUCCCUACCUCUCUACUCCUGGGAUGUAUCUCAAUAGUCUAGAGUGGCUUCCUCUCCUCAUCUCCUUAACAUCAUCUGCACUGAACAUGGUGGAUGCUCACCAGGAUAUUUGGUUUUGCCGUUCUAGCUCUCACAUCAGUGCAGAAAGGAGACGAGGAGGGGACAUCACUUCUGACUAUUGAGAUGGGCCCCUCCACAAUCUACUCUCUCUCUUUCGCCGUCAUUCUGGUGUAUAUAUUACAAACAGACUGCAUCGCUCUGUCAUUUUACUCCUCCGUUGAUGAGUUCUGUCUUUUGUUUCACAUUUCUAUCACUCUAUUUUUUUAAUGUAAAUACUUUUAGUCCAACAACUUCUGGUUUGAAAGGAAGAAAACAAAAAAGCAUAUUGAGAAUGGAGACAAAUGUGAAUCCCUGGGUAUUAAAGUCUGUGUAUAUUAUUAUAUAUAUGAUAACGUGUAUGAUGUAUUAAUAAUUCCAAAAAAUAUUAAAAACCAG